AUCAUUCUAGCUAGUGAUACACAAAUGUUACAUAAAUAAUUAUCAUUAUUUAGUUUACCUGUCGUUUACUAUCCCCCACUCUCUAUCACCAUUUUAAUUUUAGGGACCGGUUUUGCCUGUAUUUCUCUGCCCACAACGCUCAUCAUAAACGACUAUUUCCCUGAUAAUUUUGUCAUGAUGAACACGCUUUCCUUGUAUGGUCUGACUGCAGGUGCAGCUUUCAUACCGUUCAUCGUAGAAAGAUCGGAAGAGGCUUACGGGUACCACGGAAGUUUUCUGAUCAUAGCCGGUAUUGGUUUUCACGUCAUGGUGUGUGCUGCGGUAAUCCGUAAACCAAUUAUGAAGAAAAUUAAAAGUCAUUGUCCUGAAGCUAAGACGAUGGGACUGGCUCGAACAGAUAGCGAGAUGACAAGUAAGCUUAUACGACCGAAAAAUAACAGCGCUCUGGAAUCAAGGGGUGAAGAUAUUCCUUCUCAGAAACAUCAGUCAACCAGUACAGGAUCUGAUCAUUCAGAGAUUGCGUUUGAUGACGUUGAUGCUGCUGUGACCACUGAACACUUACCACUGAUCACCGAAGAAGACAACGACGAACUGAUGGGGGCGUCUGCAGGGACAUCGAAGGGCAAUGCCGAACCUUGGUAUAAGUUCUGUUUCACAGGUCUCACCUUUCAUGACUGGCUGGUCUUGUUUAACAUGCCAUCGUUUUACAUCUUCUCAUACGCAUUGUACGGUUGGCUGCUGUUCUUGGUACCCCAUGCCGAAUCCCUUGGAAUUAUCAGUUCCCAUGCGGUAUUUUUAUCCUCCUUGGCAGGUAUUGGAGGUAUCUUAGGAAGAACAGUGUUCAUUAUUCUCAUUUCUAAAAACGUCGAUCCUUUAUUGAUAUACAUCCCCGUCAGUAUUGUCUGCACCCUGACUUUUCUCCUUGACUUCGUCGGAUCAGGGUAUCAUGUUCGGGCCGGUUUGGCGUUCGUCCAAGGCAUUUGUUUCUUUACUGAAGAUACUAUGCCUCUUGCCGUGGUAAAGAAGAUUGCAUUAGACCCAGACAAAUUCAGACGAUUUUCUGCAAUGGUAUUUUUAUGUUUUGGAUUAGGAGCAACUUCAGCAGGUUAUAUGACAGGAUUUCUGUUCGACAUUACUCAGUCCUACACCAAGGUCUUCAUGUUCAUCGGUGUUCUUCACAUUGUUUCUUUGGUAAUCUUGAUCACCACCGUUAUCUUAUUGAGAACUCAUUCACCGAGGAUCACCACGGAAGGGAACAAGUGACGUCAUGAAACCGUCCGUUAACACAAAGCGCCGGGACUGAUCGUAUUGUUGACUUGUUCGCUUGAUCGCUCACAAUGAUGAAUGCAAUCAAGCUAUAAUUUAACACUGCAAUCAAUCACUAAAGUUAAAUAGUGUUACGGGACCAAGAUCAGUGACUAUAUAGGAGCCCUAAGGUGCUAUAAGCAAAAAUAUGAGUGGGCAUAUAAACGUGAAAAAUGUACGGCUCUUCGUACAUGUACUUCCUGAAAUAUAAAUAAUCGGGACUUGGUUUUGUUCAUGCGUGAGCGAACACGGAAUGUUUUUGUCUGGGUGUAAAAAGUAGGCUUGCGCCAAAAUGGCACAAAAUGAAAAA